AUGACAACAAAAACGACAAUUACCUUAUCACCAAUAAAACGUUAUCAAGGAUCAAUUAAUUUAAGAAAACGUCGUCAAACAUAUUCAUUAAUAAAUCGUAAACAACAAAUGAAUUUAUCAUUAACUACUGUAUCAAUAAUGAAUUCUUUAUCAACAAAUAUUACAACAAUUAGUUGUGAAAAAGAAAUUCUAUCAUCAAUGAAUUUACCUGAUCUUGUUAAUGAUAUUCUUAUUGAACAACAACGACGAGAAACUAUUGUUAAUAUUGCAACUAUAUUAAGAAAAGUUGGUGAUCAAAUUGAUGAACAAUUACAGAUAAACAAUACUUCAUCAUCAUCAUCAAUCGAUCACAUAUUUGGCCAACGAACCAUUACAUUCAUUUAUGGUUUAUGUCAUGUUCUUCGUUUUUUCUUGUAA